GGUAAAGCAAAGGUAUAAAUGACCAUGCCCGACAGAACUUCUUCUCAAGGAAGAAGAAAUACAAAAUAACUCAAGCAGUUUCAUUGCAAGUACUACUGCUGCCUGCUAUAGAAUAGUUUGUUUAAGGAUAUUAUCGCUUGUUUAGGAAACCAUAAGGGCUAAUCCAUAUUCGUUUUUUUCCAUUACAUAAUCUUUUUUGGAAGCCUUUUUUUGUCUUAAAGGAUCUGACCUUGUUUACGCUUUGAUAUUGGCUGGAAAUCUUUUGGUGACUUUUGGAAUUUUGAUUCUGUAGGGUCUCGAGUGAAUUGACACUCGGCAGUUGGGAAUUUAUUUUGAUUUUUAGAUACACAGUUAUCAAGUUUUCUUGAUCAACAAGUUAGGAAAUUCGUCAAUCAUCAUGAGGGAACCCUGGUGGAAAAACUACUAUACCAUGAAUGGGACUCAGGUCCAAAACCAAAGUAUACCCAUAUUGUCGACACAAGGAUACAUCCAGGUUCCUUUGUCCACUAUUGAUAAAGCUGAGCGUAACCGCAUUUUAACCGGUAUGACAGUUUCCGCUCAGUUAGCUUUAGGAGUGUUGAUAAUGGUUAUGAGUAUUCUUUUGUCAUCUCCCGAGAAAAGAAAAACACCUGUGUUUAUUGUGAACUCGGCUAGUAUCAUUUCUAUGUGCAUUCGCGCUAUUUUAAUGAUUGUGAACCUGUGCAGCGAGAGUUACAGCCUUGCAGUCAUGUAUGGAUUCGUAUUUGAACUUGUCGGUCAGUAUGUUCAUGUCUUUGAUAUUCUAGUUAUGAUUAUCGGCACGAUUAUUAUCAUUACAGCGGAAGUUAGCAUGCUCUUGCAAGUUCGCAUCAUCUGUGCGCAUGACAGGAAAACUCAACGAAUCGUGACUUGCAUUAGCUCUGGUUUGUCUCUUAUAGUAGUGGCUUUUUGGUUUACCGACAUGUGCCAAGAAAUCAAGUACCUUCUAUGGUUGACUCCAUACAACAACCACCAGAUUUCUGGAUAUUAUUGGGUCUAUUUUGUUGGAAAGAUUCUUUUUGCUGUGAGCAUCAUGUUCCAUAGUGCAGUCUUUUCUUAUAAAUUAUUCCAUGCGAUACAGAUUCGAAAGAAAAUUGGUCAAUUUCCUUUUGGCCCUAUGCAGUGUAUUUUAAUUAUUAGCUGUCAAUGCUUAUUUGUACCUGCUAUCUUUACUAUUAUUGACAGCUUUAUUCACACAUACGAUGGUUUUAGUUCGAUGACCCAAUGUUUAUUGAUUGUUUCGCUCCCACUUUCUAGUUUAUGGGCAUCAAGCACCGCAUUGAAGCUUCAAAGCUUAAAGAGCACAACGUCUCCUGGAGAUACUACACAGGUUUCCAUUCGUGUGGAUCGUACUUAUGACAUUAAACGCAUUCCCACUGAAGAGCUUUCCAGCGUUGAUGAGACUGAGAUCAAGAAAUGGCCCUAAUUUACUUUGAUAUUUUGUUUUUCUCUUUUUUAUACCUUAACAACACACUCUUUUUCUGUUUUCCUAUGUCUUUUGUAAAACAGGCUUGCAUAUCUACUUGGUAGCAUUGAUAUUGCUCAAGUUUUACGUGUCUUUCAUGUUACGGAAAAUAUACGCGGGCUUAUGAACCAAUUAAUUUAAUUAAUUUAAUUUAUUUUUAUUUUUACUUUACUACAGUCCUAUUCAGCGUGAGUGUUUGUUGGCUAUGUGUGUACAAUAUACUCAGCUACAAUCGUAGUCAAGAAGUCAAUUCUCCUUUUUGUUUUCAAUAGUUACUCUUUAUAUUUCUUUUCUGCUCGUGACAACUGUUCCGGAAGGUUGCAGCUUUUCUUUCCAGUUUAAGGAAGAGAGAACUUUGGUUUGAUAAUAUUCAAACAGUCAGCGCAUCAACAUUGUCCUCAUAAAACCUGAGCUGAGCCGAGCCGAGCCAUUCUUGAAUCUUUUCUAAAGUAAUUUUUAUUAUAUAUAUUUUCUUUUUAUUCCUGUUUUAAUCCCGAAUAAAACCAUCAUUUUACUGCUUCAA